GACACACGAGUCCAAUUUUUUUUUACCUCAGAGAAAAUACAGAUUCGUUACACGUGCUCGCGUAAGUGCGCGUCCUCGCUGCUGAAUGGACGUAAUGAGCAACGUGCGCGUGAACGCUCCUUAGCGACAAGAUGGCGGCGUCCGCCGGAUCAGGCGUCAAAGUUCCUCGUAACUUCCGUCUGCUGGAGGAGCUGGAGGAGGGGCAGAAGGGUGUAGGCGAUGGGACGGUGAGCUGGGGUUUAGAGGACGAUGACGACAUGACCCUCACCCGCUGGAGAGGGAUGAUCAUCGGGCCACCCAGGACGAUUUACGAGAACAGGAUAUACAGCCUGAGGGUGGAGUGCGGACCUCGGUACCCGGAAACUCCGCCGCUCGUCAGAUUCGUCACCAAAAUCAACCUGAGCGGCGUCCACAACUCCAACGGCUUGGUGGACAUGCGAGCCGUGUCGUCUUUAGCCAAGUGGCAGAACUCCUACAGCAUCCGUGUGGUUCUGCAGGAGCUGCGCAGACUCAUGAUGUGCAAGGAGAAUAUGAAGCUGCCACAGCCACCUGAGGGCCAAAUCUACAGCAUCUGAACCACACAAACACACAGUCCACAUUCAUAAACGUUUCCAAGACUCUCAUCAUUCCCUUAUUUUAUAUUAUGAAACUUCCCUUUCCCCAUUUCAACAAAGUAGCCAAUUAGCAGUUCCCAAUACACAGAAAAUCGUGGAUGGUUCGUUAUGACGCAUCACACAGAUCCUCUUACUGAUCGUCUUGGUCUCUUCUUCUUUUUUUUUUGUUGUUUUUUAAUCUUUGUUUGUUAUACAUGCAAAUUGUAAAAUAACAUAAAUUAUCUUAUUGAAUGUA